GAUUAUUUCGAUUAUUUGUCGAUUAUACAUUAAUUCUAAUAUCCAUACUAUGACAUUGCCAAAUGACAAUGAAGAAAACAGAAUGUAUGUAGGAUAGAAAGAGAGACUGUGUGUCUGGGCGACUGAGUGAGUGAGAGAUUAUUGAAAACCAUUAGAAUGUAAGGCUUGACCACAUGUAUUUAUUACAUUAUUGUCGCGACAGCAAAAAUAUUUGCUGAAAAUUGAGAUUUGAUUGUGGUGGUAGUAGUAGCAGUGGAGAGAACAACACACAUGGAAUCAAUGUUGUACACACAAUUUGCUAUUCCAUUUUUUUUUCUCUAUGCACAGAUCUCCGCUACAACGAUCAUCAAUCAAUCAUAAAAAUCUCAAUUUUCAGCUAUUUUUUAGCUAUCGCGAUUUCAGUAAUGGAAAGUUUUCAUUUAAGAUUUCUUUUUAUUUAUGUGGUCGCCUUAUUUCAAUUUAUUGAUAUAUACACUUGUAUAACGCUCAGUACGAUAGACAUUGUGCGACAGCAUAUGCGACGUCAUCGUGAAAAUCGACUGCCAAAAGCAUGUACGAUUUGUAAUAAAAAACCGCGGAAUUUGGAGAAGCAUAUGCAAAUGAAUCACGGUGAAUUGUGUCCGUAUAAAUGUGAUUUUUGUCAUAAAUCUUAUCGGACCAACAAUAACAGAAUCAACCAUCAACGAUCUCAUACCGGCGAAACGCCGUUUUUAUGCGAAGUAUGCGGCAAAUCGUUUCGAACUCAAAGCUCGAAGAUUAAACACAAGAAUCGUGUUCAUCUAAAGAAGCGGCCUCAUGAAUGUCCACACUGUGAACGGAGGUUUACACUUCCAUCCGGUCUUAAGGAACAUAUUUUCUCAUUUCAUACCAAAGAACGACCAUUCGCUUGUGAAAUGUGCGGUGAAAAUUUCUCGACUAAAGCUUAUCUGCGAAGACACAAGCUAACGCACCAAGAGAGGACCAAACAAUGUCGAUAUUGCGAAAAAAGCUUCAAAACAACCCGGACGAGACAAAGCCAUGAAAAAGCCAUUCAUCAAAUGAUCUGAGGUGGAAUGAUGAAGUCAAUUGAAGUUUUGAAUAUUUUACUCGAUUUUACUUGUGAUGAACUAAAAAAUAUGAUUCCGUUGUACAAAUUUCCACUGUCUGACACUUCGAAUUUCCAAUGAUUCCAUGGAUUUGACGUUUCAAUGACAUUUCCAGUAAUAUAUAAACAAUUAUUUAACGUGUAUGGUAAAUCGACGGAAAGAAGACGAAACAAUGGCGAUACUGUGAAAAAAUGUUCAAAUUGGCCGAUAACAGAUGUUUGCAUGAAAAAGGUGUUCACAGAGUUUUUGAAGUGAUGAAGAAUAAAUUAAAUUUUAAAAGUGUCUAUUUAUCGUAGUAGAUGAGCUAUGGCACACGUUGAGGUAGGUCAGAGUGUUAACAGAUUUCACGGAUAUACAGAGAAAUACGAAAGAGCAAGAGAAAGAGGAUACUUUUUCUCCAAUACGUAACUGUGCAUGUUCAGACACUGACCUGCCUCAAAGGGGACGAGAGCAUACAUAGCUCCUCUACUUAUCGUACAUGUUAUAAAAUGCGAAUUUAAAUGUAAAAAAGGCUUAAUGAAUCGUAUUUCAAACCAAAUUCCAAUCAUCUUCGCCUGAUUAGAAU